GCUUUUGCUUCCUUUUGCGUGUUCCGCCAACCACUGCGACGCGAGCAUUCAGCCCUACGGACCUCCUACGUAGUGACGAUCGGCUCCUCUUGGCGCGCACCAGCUCUUGUAUGACGCACUCUGCAAACAUUCUACUCCAACUCUCUCCGCGGAACAGCCAAUCCCAUACAGAGAACCCUCCCCGCGCAAGAUGAAGCAGAGAUUCUCCUCUCUCGACGUCAAGGUCAUCGCCCACGAGCUCUCCACCAGCGUUUGCUCGCUGCGCGUCGCUAACAUAUAUGACCUGUCGACCCGCAUCUUCCUCUUCAAGUUCCAGAAGCCUAACCAUCGCGAGCAACUGGUCGUCGACUCCGGCUUCCGAUGCCAUCUCACAGCCUUUUCACGCACCACCGCCACUGCGCCCUCUCCAUUUGUCGUUCGGCUCCGUAAAUUCCUCAAGACGCGCCGCGUCACCAAGAUAUCCCAAGUUGGAACGGACAGAAUCAUCGAGCUGCAGUUCUCCGACGGCCUGUACAGGCUUUACUUGGAGUUCUAUGCUGGCGGCAACAUCAUCCUUACCGAUGCCGACCUCAACAUCUUGGCGCUUCUGCGUACGGUUGAAGAGGGCGCCGAGCAUGAACGGUUAAGAGUUGGCCUGCAGUACAAUUUGUCCUUGCGGCAGAACUACAACGGUGUACCCGAAUUGACCAAGGAGCGUGUCCGAGAGGGUUUGCAGAAAGCUCUGGAAAAGCAGCAAGAAGCUACGGACAAGAAGUCUAAAAGAAAAGGCAAAGAUGCUUUGCGGAAAGCGCUGGCUGUGUCAAUCACCGAGCUGCCGCCUAUGCUUGUGGACCACGCAUUUGCCGUUACAAAUUUCGACGCCACUGUCAAGCCGGACCAGGUACUCGAAGACGAUUCCUUGAUGGAGCAGCUCAUGAAAGCCCUAGAAGCAGCGAAAGAUGUAGAUAUAAAGAUCACGAGUGCUGAGACGGCAAAGGGCUUCAUCAUUGCCAAAAAGAAGGAAAAGCCUUCUCUAGAUGUGGUGGAAGAUGGAUCCGAGGCAAAGGCGCCCACGGAACAAUUGCUCUACGAGGAUUUCCAUCCAUUUAGGCCUCAGCAGUUUGAAGGCGAGGAAAACACCGUCUUCUUGGAGUUUGAGGGCUUUAACAAGACUGUGGAUGAAUUCUUCUCCUCAAUUGAAGGCCAAAAACUGGAAUCCCGUCUACAGGAAAAGGAAGAAACUGCCAAGCGGAAGCUUGAACAGGCUAGAAAGGAGCAUGCCAACCGUAUCGGUGGCUUGCAACAAGUCCAGGAGUUGAACGUGAGGAAAGCCGAAGCUAUCCAGGCCAACGUUGAAAGGGUCCAAGAAGCGAUGGAUGCUGUAAACGGUUUGAUUCAAAAAGGUAUGGACUGGGUCGAGAUUGAUCGACUCAUUGAAAGGGAGCAGAAACAUGGCAAUCCUGUGGCAGAAAUGAUCAAGCUGCCGCUUAAGUUGCGCGAGAACGUCGCUACGUUGCUUCUUGCGGAGCCAGGUGUCGAUGAUGAGGACGAGGAUUUUGAGGGUAACGAGACCGAGAGUGAAUCGGAAUCAGAUGAGGAAGAGGAGGAGCCUGUCAAGAAAAGUUCCCAAAAGCCAGCGGAUAAGAGGUUAACAAUCGACGUCGAUCUCGAACUGUCGCCGUGGUCAAAUGCCAAGAACUACUUUGAUCAAAAGAAGUCCGCUGCUGUCAAAGAAGAGAAGACAAUGCAAGCAUCUCAGAUGGCUCUCAAGCGUACAGAGGCAAAGAUCAGCGCUGAUCUGAGAAAGGGUCUCAAGCAAGAAAAGGAAGUACUAAGGCCGGUGAGGAAGCAAUAUUGGUUUGAGAAGUUCAUGUACUUUCUCUCGUCAGAUGGCUAUUUGGUUCUUGGGGGUAAGGAUGCUCAGCAGAACGAAAUCCUGUACCGGAGAUACCUGAAGAAGGGCGACAUUUACGUUCAUGCCGACCUCAACAAUGCUGCUUCCGUAAUCAUCAAGAACAACCCACAGACACCUGAUGCGCCUAUCCCCCCCUCGACUCUUUCUCAAGCUGGCAACCUGUGCGUCUCCACGUCAAGCGCAUGGGAUUCGAAAGCUGUCAUGUCCGCUUGGUGGGUUAAUGCGGAUCAGGUAUCUAAGACCGCAUCCACAGGCGAGUACCUCGCCGCCGGUGGCUUCACCGUUCGCGGAAAGAAGAAUUUUCUGCCUCCUGCGCAGCUACUCCUUGGGUUCGCGGUCUUGUUCCAGAUUAGCGAAGAGAGCAAAGCGAAUCACGUCAAGCACAGGCUAAAUGAUGGAAUUAGCCAGCCUGCCACCGCAUCACAGCAAGAGCCCCUUGCGGGUGGUAGCAAUCUGGAGCCAAAUGCUGAUGAACCAGCUGAUGAUGACGAAUCUGACAGCGACGAGGACUUCCCUGACGCCAAGCUGAACUCUGCAGACGAGGAAAGCGACGAGGAGAAGUCGCCUGAGGAAGAGCGCAGCAACCCGCUGCAGUCAACAUCCGAGGCUACGGAGCAAGCAGUGAAAAGGAGUUCAUCGCCUGAAGAGGACAAAAAGGAAGAGGACGUCACAGCUCCCGCUCAGGCCUUGUCCGGAAACGAAGAAGAAGCGCAUGAAAAAGAUGGAUCCUCUGUGAAAUCAGAGGCGCCCGCGAACAAAGGCAAACGCUUCCUUUCCGCGCGCGAGCGCCGCCUCGUACGCAAGGGUGUCGAUCCAGAUGAGAUCCUCGCUUCUAGGGGCGCUGAUGGAUCCGACGGUGAAGCGGACGCAGGCUCAAGCGCAGCUGCUACGGAGACAGCAGCAGCCAGCAAGGGCAACAGCGCCGCUCCCAAACCGAAGCAGGCACCGUUGCCGAGAGGCAAGCGCGCCAAGGCCAAGAAGCUUGCGCAGAAAUACGCGGACCAAGACGAGGAGGACCGUGAGCUGGCCUUGCGACUGUUGGGAGCUAAGAAGCCAGGUGAGGGCCCCGAGACCAAGGCGCAAGAGGACAAGCCCAGCAAGGAAGAAGAGCAACAGGCGCAGAAGCAGCGGCGGCGCGAGCAGCACCUGCGGGCGCAGGAAAAGGGGCUCGCGGAGGAGGAGAAGCGGCGCGCGGCGCUGGAAGGCGAAGUGCACGAGCCGGACGAGCUGGACGAGGAAGCCGCGCGGCUGGAGCAAGUAGGCCUAGACGCAUUCACGGGAAGGCCACUAGUGGGCGACGAGAUCGUGGCCGCGAUCCCGGUGUGCGCGCCGUGGAUGGCCCUGGCGCCCUACAAGUACAAGGUCAAGCUGCAGCCGGGCGCGACGAAGAAGGGCAAAGCGGUCAAGGAGAUCCUGGGCAAGUGGGACGCGGCGUUCAAGGAGCCGCGGUGGACGGACCGCCAGCAGAAAGACGUCGAGCGCAUCUGGCCGCGCGAGGUCGAGUGCAUCAAGGCGUGGAAGGAGACGGAGGUUUAUGGCGUCGUGCCGGUUAGUAAGGUCAGGGUUGUGUUGAGCGGAGGACAGGGCGGGGGUGGUGGCGGUAAGGAGGCGGCGAAGGGGAAGACGAAGCCAAAGAGUGGGAGGGGCGGGAGGGGGAGUAAGAAGAAAUAGAGUGAGUGUCGUGGAUAGCGUGGGAGGGUUCGGUGGGUAGAGGAGACGCAUAGGUACGCCUA